AUGCAAAUAGCAGAAACAGCGGCAAUCGAGAGACGAACAGUUGGCAGUGAAGGGUCGAUGAACGGCCUGGAGACAAACGAAUACAACAAAAUAGAAUUAGAAGAUGAACAAGAAGUUGGAGUGAAGGAAACCAACAAAGAGAAUGGGCGAAACAAGGAAAAUAAUGCUGGAACUAGUUCAUCUGACAGCAAAGCAGGGUAUCUGAGCUUCAAAGGAAUCUUCAUCGCUGCUACAGUCAUUAUUCUAUCCUACAAUAUUCUCAGUGUGACCAACCCCCGCCCGUCUCGCUUCUCAGUCAUCACCAAAAUGGCUCCUCAACACUGCGGUCUCAAUUUGCCAGCGAGAAUCCAGAAUUUGAUACUCGAUAAACACAAUGAAAUUCGGUCAAAAGUGGCUCUCGGUCAGUAUAGUGUUGAUGAUGAUUACCUUCCGCCGGCGGCUAAUAUGCCGAAAUUGAUAUGGGAUUGCCAACUCGAACUGGAAGCUCAAAACAGAGCAAACGAGUGUCUUUUGGGACAGGAGAAAAUUAACGAAAAGAUGAGCGGAUUGGAGGAAGUCCGAGGAGAAAAUGCAUUCUAUUUUCGAACGGAUCCUUUUAAUUCUUCAGAUGGAGUGUUGAGAGGAAUCGAAAGAAUGGGUGAUGAAAUCGCAAUUGCUGGAAUCAAAAACUUGAAGUUGGCUCGGUACGACAAACGAAUCGGCCACGCGACACAGAUAAUAUGGGGAGAGACACGAAAACUGGGAUGCUCAAUUCAAGAGUGCGCGGCUCGAAAAGAUGGAUCACUUGACGGACAAAAGUUCAAUGUGGCUGUUUGCAAAUACUAUCCAACUGGCAACGUGUUCAAAUCAUCAACGCCUACAUCAAUUUAUUCAGUCGGAGAUGUUGGAAGCAGUUGCUCGGAAGGGACAUUCAUUGACCCAACAAGUGGUUUAUGUGUGGAAGCAACGUGGCAUGAGAAGACUGAAGAACAGUGA